AACGGUCCGAGUUUAUGAAGCCGACGCUGCUGCAUUAACAAUAACCGAAGGAUUACAACAGUUCAGACGACAUUAUCCGCUAGAUUUAUCAUCAUCAUCAUCAUCAUACUUAAUUUUAUUUUUAACAGCAGACAGGUUUGGAUCGAACCGGAUCAAAAUCAACAGACAUGUCGAAUCUGUGUGGCUCUGUGGACUCCAGGCCUCUGAUGUCCCAGCGCUCUCUGCCCGUCACACCAGUCUCACACAAACACCUGCCCAUCGACCUGCGCACAUCCAUGGACGGAAAAUACAAGGAGAUCGCUGAGGAGCUGCUGGCCAGGAGCCUGACGGACAGCGACAUGCGCUGCGCUCCAUACGAGUUUCCAGAAGAAAGCCCCAUCGAGCAGCUGGAGGAGAAACGCCACCGUCUAGAGCGGCAGAUCAGCCAAGAUGUCAAGCUUGAGCCCGAGAUUCUGGUGCGAGCCAAACAAGACUUCAUGAAAGUAGAUAGCACAGCCGACCUGGAGUAUCUGAAGGACAGUCAGGAGGAUACAGUCGACUAUCCUUUUAUCGAGCGAGAGACGGUGACGGAGAGAGAGUUUCAGCGGGUGUCCAUCUCAGGAGAAGAGAAGUGUGGGGUUCCGUUCACAGACCUGGUGGACGCCGCCAAGUGUGUGGUGAAGGCUCUGUUCAUCAGAGAGAAGUACAUGAGUCUGUCCCUGCAGAACUUCAGUAGAACCACCGCUCGAAGCCUGCGGGAGCUCAAUGAGAGGCCGCUGGACACCAACAUAUAUGAGGAGCUGCACGAGAGCCCCGUCGACUCCGAUGUGUCCGUUCACCCACCGGUGUCUGAAACACACCCGUACGACGAGCAGAACCUGCCGUCUGAUCUAGGAUACAGCUGCGCAAUGGUGGACGGAGUUUUCCACGUCUACACCACACAAAACCCCAAAGACAAGAGCACAGAGCUGGACCUGCCAUAUCCAGACCUGCAGGAUUACAUUGCAGAUAUGAACGUGAUGAUGGCGCUCAUCAUCAACGGCCCUGUGAAGUCGUUCUGCUAUCGGCGGCUCCAGUAUCUGAGCUCCAAGUUUCAGAUGCACGUCCUGCUGAACGAGAUGAAGGAGCUGGCGGCGCAGAAGAAGGUGCCUCACCGAGACUUCUACAACAUCCGCAAGGUGGACACACACAUUCACGCCUCGUCCUGCAUGAACCAGAAGCAUCUGCUGCGCUUCAUCAAACGCGCCAUGAAGAAAUACCCUGACGAGAUCGUGCACAUGGAGAACGGCAGAGGGCAGACACUGAUGGACGUGUUCGAGAACAUGAACCUGACGGCGUAUGACCUGAGCGUCGACACCCUUGACAUGCACGCGGACAGAAACACCUUCCACCGUUUCGACAAGUUUAACUCCAAAUAUAAUCCCAUCGGUGAGUCGAUCCUCAGAGAGAUCUUUAUCAAGACCGACAACCACAUCCACGGGAAAUACUUCGGACACAUCGUCAAGGAAGUGAUGUCAGACCUGGAGGAGAGUAAAUAUCAGAAUGCUGAGCUGCGUCUGUCAGUGUACGGCAGGUCUAUGGACGAGUGGGAUAAGUUGGCAGAGUGGGCUGUCACACACUCUGUGUAUUCAGACAACGUGCGCUGGCUCGUGCAAAUCCCACGACUCUUUGACGUUUACCGCACAAAGAAGCAGCUGAGUAACUUUCAGCAGAUGCUGGAGAACAUCUUCCUGCCACUGUUUGAGGUCACCAUCAAUCCCAGCAGCCACCCGCAGCUACACCUCUUCCUGCAGCACGUGGUGGGUUUCGACAGCGUUGAUGACGAGUCCAAACCGGAGCAUCACAUCUUCAACCUGGACAGUCCGUCUCCGGCACGCUGGUGUGAUGACGAUAACCCGCCGUACUCGUAUUAUCUCUACUACAUGUAUGCUAACAUGACCGUUCUCAACCACCUGCGCAGGAGGCGGGGCUUCCAUACCUUCGUUCUGCGACCUCACUGCGGGGAGGCGGGGCCUAUUCAUCACCUCGUAUCUGGAUUCAUGCUGUCAGAAAACAUCUCACACGGACUGCUGCUCAGGAAGGCUCCAGUGCUGCAGUAUCUGUACUAUCUGGCUCAGGUGGGAAUCGCCAUGUCUCCUCUCAGCAACAACAGUCUGUUUCUGAGUUAUCAUCGUAACCCGCUGCCCGAAUAUCUAUCCCGCGGCCUGAUGGUGUCGCUGUCCACCGACGACCCGCUGCAGUUCCACUUCACUAAGGAGCCGCUGAUGGAGGAGUACAGUAUCGCCACUCAGGUCUGGAAGCUGAGCUCAUGUGACAUGUGUGAACUGGCCAGAAACAGUGUGUUAAUGAGCGGAUUCUCACACAAGUCUAAGAGUCAUUGGCUGGGUCCUGAUUUCACCAAAGAAGGGCCGAUCAGUAACGACAUCCGACGCACAAACGUCCCGGACAUCCGCGUGGCGUAUCGAUACGAGACCAUGUGUGAAGAGCUGCACCUCAUCAUACAGGCCGUCCGGACGCAAGAACUGGACAGCAUUGAGGAGGAGGAGACGCUGUGCUUCACAUCCAGCCAAUCAAUACGCUAGAGACGAACUGUGACUCCGCCUGCACAUUAGAGAUGAGCCUCAGCCCCGCCUACAUGCUUUCCUGUCCAAUCAGCACAAUCUAGAAGAGCCAUGACCCCAAUUGUCUAGUCUGCACUCUGCAGAUUAGCAUGACCACGCCCACAUUCUUACCCAUCUUAUUAGCACACUGCAGAUGAGCAAUGACUCCACCCACACACUAUAGACAAGCCUUGACCCCACCCACAUGUUUGCUUGUUUAAUCAGCAAGCUGUGAAUAAGCCAUAACCCAUCCCACAUGCUAGGCAAGUUUCAACCCCACCCACAUGCUCCCCCAUCCAAUCAACAUACUGCAAAUGAGCUAUGGCUCCACCCAUACACUAGUCGACACAAGACUCCACCCACAUGCUCCACUAUCCAAUCAGCACACUGCAAUUGAGCUGACUCCACACACUAGAGAUGAACAUUGACCCCGCCCAUAUCCUUGCAUAUGCAAUCAGCACACUGCAAUUGAGCUAUGACUCCACCCACACACUAAAGACAAGCCUCUACCCCGCCCACAUGCUUCUCUAUCCAAUCAGCACACUGGAAAUGAGCCACCCAGAGACUAGGUACACAAGACUGGACCCCACCCACAUGCUCCACUAUCCAAUCAGCACACUGCAAUUGAGCUGACUCCACACACUAGAGAUGAACAUUGACUCCACCCACAUCCUCGCAUAUUCAAUCAGCACACUGCAGUUGAGCUAUGACUCCACCCACACACUAAAGACAAGCCUCGGCCCCGCCCACAUGCUCCCCUAUCCAAUCAACUUACUACAGGUUAACCAUGACCCAGCCCACAUGCUACAGUCGAGUUUUGACUCCACCCACAUGCUCUUACAGCCAAUCAGCGUGCUGUAAUUGGGCCAAGACCCCACCCAAACAUGAAAGACGAACCUCAGCCUACCCACAAACUCAUCUAUCCAAUCAGCUUGCAAGAAAUAAGCCUUGACCCCGUCCACACACUCCUAGUCAACAUUGCUAGUUUGAAUUUGUGACUCCGCCCACUGGCUCAUCGCAAGCUGAGACUCCACCCACAUUCUCAGUUGAAGUUGUGACUCCACCCACUAGCUCAUUAGAAGAGCUCUACCGCAUUCUCAUUUGAAACUGAUUCCGCCCACUGGCUCAUCUAAAAAGGUGACUCCGCCCACAUUCUCAUGUAAUGCCGUGGCCCCGCCCACACAUGUAUCUGUCCAAUCAGCACACUCUAGAAGGACCAAAGCCAGAUUGAUCUCAUGUCGCUGCAUGUUUAGAGAUGUUUUAGCUAUGCAUCAGUAUUAUACUACAAGUGUGCGUGCAAAUAACGUUAUACCUCCGCGAGACCUCACACCCCUCACGUGCCUUUUAGAGACUUUUAUUUUGAAGGUUUACUUUGAGGCGUAAAUAUAUAUUAAAAAAAAAAAAAAAACACCCUGAAUCUGAAUAAAUGUAAAAUUAAUAAUUUAAAAUAGUACAUCAGUUUGAAAUAAAAUAUUAAUAGAGCGUAAUAAUAUCAGUAUUACUAUACAAAACGUUAAAAACAAUAUUCACGUCAAUAUAUAUAAUGUUGCACAUGGUUAUAUUAAUAUCAAUAUUUUACCAAGUUUAGCUCUGUGAUGUCACGUUUUUAAGCUACUUUUAUUUUUCGUUUUCAUUUUUACGUAUAUAUUCGUUAUUAUAGCUCACUGUGAACACGUCUAUUAGUUUCUCGUUCGACUAUCUAGUCAAUUUCAUCAUUAUUUUGAAGGAUUUCUAUUCUCUGGUGUAUCUGGAAAGCGUUUCUUUAAUGUCCUCCAGGAGGCGCCGUUGAGCCUGAACCUGUUAAAACUCCCAUUUCUGCGAUAUAUACACAUCUACAUUUCGCACAUUAGAUGUAUUUUAUAGUUUAUUAUUAGUUCGCAUUUCAGAGCCAGCAUGUGUUCGCUAGUUUUAGCGGAACGUUAAACUGACUGUUAACCUUCGCACAAUAUUAUGAUCACAACGACUAAAGAAUCACAGCAGACGUGAGCUCGGAAUAGCAUGAUUUAUAGAAAUUAGCACAUUAACCAAGAGCAAAGCAUGACGUACAACACGCUAGCAAGCCAAUGUUCGCAAAUAACAAUACGAAAUCUAUUUUUGGCGAGAUUGAGGAAUGAGUCUGUCCAGACGAGUGUUGAUUUCAAUAAAGCAUGCGUGUUCAAUCUCCUGA